GCGGCAAAGUAUUCAUUCUAGGAGCAUGCGGUAGUUGGCGGGAAGGACGAAUCAAGUAGGCUUAGGUCUGUACCUCUGUACUCAACUCAACGGGCGGGGCCACGCCGCCAGCUGGCAGACGACGAGCGACUCUCACCAACUAACACUCCGCGACGUAAAUAAGUCCCGCAUGUUUCUGCGAAUAAAUAUUUAAUUAUGACAUAUUUCAAUAGAGUGUGAGAGGUUAUAUUUUAGUUUGAUUCAUUAUUAUCGAUUUCUGGUUGUUGCCUUAGAAAUAUUUGUGUUUUGGAUGUCGAAGUUUUUGAUGCUUCGGCGUAUGAAUAUUACAUUGGCGUCAACCUGGCCUCAGCUGUUUCCCGCCAAACGCCGCUGCCAGAAAACUGCUGUGAGGCGUAGCGUAUGUUGGUUGUCCCGCGCUGCAACGUACUAUCAGUGAAAAAUUGUGAUUAACAAAUUUACAUUUAUUUGUCAGUGAUCGAAAACUGUAUAAUUAGUGAUAACUAUGUCUGUUUAUGUCGGGAAGGAGGAAAUCGUGUUCGACGAAGGAUGUGUUGAUAAGAAGGACAUUUUAGCCAAUAUAUCCAGCAGGAUAAACAAGGGUGGUGAACCCCCAACGGCCACUAUGGAACAGGAGAAGCGGAUAAGGCGAGAAAUCGCCAACAGUAACGAAAGGAGACGUAUGCAGAGCAUCAAUAACGGGUUUCAAUCUCUAAGGUCCCUUUUACCACAUCAUGAGGGUGAAAAAUUGAGCAAGGCUGCGAUUCUUCAACAAACCGCUGAAUAUAUCUACUCAUUAGAACAAGAGAAGACAAGCCUAUUGUCACAAAAUUGUCAGCUUAAACGGCUAGUAAACCAACACGAAGGAGGCGAACUGCCACCCAAGAAGAGAAAGACUGAAUUGAUUGUUCCCACGUUAACGGCAGAAUCAUCAGAUGAAGGCAUUGGUUCGAUGUCUCCGGAACUAAUUGUAGUAAAUCAAGCCGACACUUUGGCGGAAUUGAAACAACAAUUGGAAAACGAACGCAACUUGAGGUUGAUACUGGAAGACCAGGUGAGGCAACUCGAAGCGCAGCUGUUUCAACAAACGCAGCAACAAUCUGCGCAGAUAUUCGAAUUGGAAGACAGCGAUACUGUCGGCAUGCAAUUAAUUGCUGCGGAUAGUUUACCGAUUGGUCACACGCAGACGGUGGUAUGCAGUUCAUCACCUGCUAACUCCAGGAGCUCGAGUCCGGUCACCGUGAUUCCCGAACAAAGGUUACCAUCGGUACUGGAAGCUGCAAUUAAGGCUGAACCCAAGGUGGAAGUUGAGAGACUACCGUCACCGAAUACCUCCUCGCACGAAGAGAAUGGUAGAGUUUACAAUAUCUCGAAUACUUCCAGGCAGAACCUUGAAACUAUAGUUGAAGCUAUUAGACAUCUCGAAGGUAGUCAUAUGUUCGAUGAUGAACAAGAUGUACCUCUCGCACUUACCACAAGGUCGAUGGAAAACAAGCCUGAUAUGCACACGGCCUACCUUGAGUUCAAUGCUACGACUGUCCAGCAAUACCAACAGUCCCGACCGGGAGUAAUUGUUGUUAAACAGGCAUCGUGAUCGAAGAUAAUUCACUUUGCCAGUUUGUCAACUAACGGACAGGCAGGGAGACAGUACUAAAAGUGACGGCUUCGGGUUCUGAAAACAGAGCCCCCUUUCUUGAAUAAAUUAUCCAAAUAUAGCAAAAAUGUUAUGACGCUGUUAAGUUCCAUUUUAUUCAUCGAUAAAUGGGCUGGCCUUUCAUGUGAAUGUUUUUUUUUCUUCUCUCUAAUUUAUUAUUAUUAUUUUUUGUUCGUCCUAAUAAUAUUAAGAGCUGUAGAACGUUUUGUAAAUCAGUCAAAUGAAGUGCAACGGAAAUUUUGACACGUUUUCUUGUCGUUUUGAAAUAUGUUGGUACCAAAUCGCCAAAAAUUCUAUUCAAUAAAUAUAAAAGGUAAUUAAAUUAAAUUUAACGAAACGUUCACCAGCUCAAAUGUGUUUUUUCGUUUACCCCCAUCUAAAUAAAAAUUCGUACAUUUUUCUACUUGAAUUAUAGCGAAAUUUUAGGUCGAAUAAUCGGGUGGGGAAGAAUCACAUAAUGGAAAAAAUACAUUUUUUGGCAAUUAGUUUCAAAUAGGAAAAUAAAACGAUUAUGCCAUCGAAUAAAUUAUAUAAUUAUGGGAGGGUGCGUUUAAAAGGCUAAAUGUCGUUUUAUUUUUUUUUCUCCAAAAAGUGUAACAUUUUGUGUCAUCCAUUAUCUAAGAAUUAAUUCCCACCUUGAAUUUAUUUGCUACAAAGUCGGUAUAUAUAGCAAAAAAUAAUGAUUAUAUGUUUGAAAUUAGAACAAUUUCUUGUUUGUUAACUCGAAAUUCAAAUACUUUCCAUCACAAUAUGUAUUUUCUUAAUCACUCACUUUCUUGUAAGUUUUCAAUCUGUUUGUACAAAUUUGUGUGACUUAUUUAUAGAUUUCUCAAUUUGCUUUGUUAUCCAUCAAUAGUUUUCAUCCCCAACAUUCUUUUGUAUCGCUCCAAUUUGAACAAUUUUAUCUUUUCUUGAUAUUUCAAUGUCUAAUUUUUGAUUCUGGGUUCGAUUCGUGUUAUGACUGUAUCAGUGGAUGUUGAUGCUGAAAAUGGUUCUUUCUUUAAAAUUAUUUAAAAAUAUAACUAUUUUCAAUGAAGAUGAGUAAUACUCGCCACUUCUUUAAAGAGUUAAAUAAUCAAUAGUUGAAUUGUUCAGUUCCUCGAAAGGGUUCAACAAAUCUACAUAAUUUUGCAUUAUUUUCCAACUCCUCGGGUAAAAAAGAUAGAUGUUCUUGCUGUUGAUACAUUAACUUAAUGAAGAGAUUUAGUUUGAUUGAGGUAUUCUUGUAUUGUAUUCAAUUAUUUUUGGGCUAUUGUUGAAUGAGUUGCUUUUUUUAAAAAGUUUAUUUGAAUCUCCAAAUUGUUAAAUUUCCAUUACUUCAUUUUUACAUGAUCUUUCACCUCUAGUGUACCUACUUGAUUUCUUAUUGUACCCUAUUCCUCUAGUAUACAUUCAUAUAUUUCUCUAAAAAUACCUCCUGGGUAGCGAUUUUUGGAAGUAUUGCACAAUAAAUCUUCAAAAUUCAAUCAAUCUAUAUUAAUAAAACAGUUAAAUAAAGGAACUGUCACUAUUAAUGUUGAUUAUUGCAGAUGUUGUUCACAACAACCCUAAUUAGUCCAGAAUACCAAGGUUUCCACCUCCUAUUUCCUUAAACCUGCAUUGAUUUAAAUAAAAUUUUGACAGUAUGUAGGGAAUUUUUCAAAAAACAAAAUCUACCCUACGCCGAUGCGUGCUUUUGCCCUAGAAGUGAGUUCCAACCCAAUUAGGAGGUCAAAAUUUGUUGAAAACAAUCGCGGAAAUUGAUAGAUGAUCAAAUUUCAAGCAAAAAAUGUUCUUAGAAUAUUUUUUUAGAAAAAAACCACGUUUUUAAUCGAUUUUCCAUAAAUAACUAAAUACUUUUGAUUUUAUAGGAAAAAGUGUUACAAAUAAAAAUGGAGCUUAUAAAAAAGCAAAGAGAUUAGUUUUAUUUUUAAAUUUGCUUUAUGCAUAAUACAAACCGAGCAUAUAAUCAUUUUCAAAUUACUUUUAAAAAGCUUUAAAAUGAGAGUUAGUAGAACUCUCUAGCAUAAAAACUAAGAAAGUUAUGACCGAAAUAAAAUCGAUUCAUAUUUAAAAAUUAAACCUCAAUUUCACUAUUAGCAAAAGUAUCCAAAUUGCUAUAAAAAUAUAAUCUAGUGAUUUUUCACUUUACUUACGUACUAAUAUUGAUUUUUGGAAGUUUAAACGAUUUAGAAUGCAUAAUUUCGAAAAAAAUUAUGUUUAAAUUCGAAAUUUUAACAAAUUUCUCCUUUUUUCAAAAUUUCUGAAAAACUAUUGGAUAUACAUAAAAGUUGAUACAGAACAAAAAGUUAGUAUUUAUUUUUUCUAACAAAUAUUCUGCUUUUUUAAAAUUUUUUGUAACUUCUAAAUUUACUUAGAUAUGACAUCACAAAUCGUACCCUAACGUAUCACCGAUACCAUUUUCGAACCCUUUAAACGUUGCCCUUAAAAAAAUAGAGGCUUAGAGAAAUUUAAAACGUUAAUAAAACUAUAGGUUAUAAGAUUCUCUAUAAAUUUACGUUUAGAGCGACUAAUUUGCUUGAAAAUCAACCGAGAUACGGCCAAAAAACUAAAUAACUUUUUUUUUAAAUUUUGGAGCAGGUAGAUUUUAGAGUACAAGUGAAAGUAAGUAAAUAUUGUGAAUAAUUUUUUCAUUUUUUUCGAAAUAGGGGAUGAUUUAUAGGGGUUGAAAAUUAUAAAUACAAAAUAUUAAAGUCAAAAUAGAUAAAAAGUUGUCCAUUUAAAAUAAAUCAUCAAAAAGAAUAAAUAUUUUUUUAUCAAUUUUUUCGAAAUAAGGGAUGAAUUUCUCAUUUUCAACUUGGUAGCCUGGGCUAAAUAUGAAUAUCAAAAAAAAAAGACUUGAAUAGUUAAAUUUUCAAAAAUCUCCAUUGAAAUAUUACAAGUUACACAUUGAUUUAGAAUUUCAGAAUGUUAACUAUACAAUGUAUAAAAUAGUAUGGCUAUUGAACACAUUUUAUGAACUAAUUUAUCGUUUUCUUUCUUUUGUUGUACUUUUCAUCAUUUAAUCAAUCGAUUAAUCAUUAUUUUUUACUAUUGGAUACCUUACUGUAUUUUUUGAGGUAAUUGUAAAUUUUCGAUGAUAUAUUUGUAAUUCAUUAAUUGAUCUUUUGUAUUUUUCUAACCCAUUAUAAAAUUGUGCGGAUGGGGUUUGAACAAUUCAAUGUUAUGCUCGGUCUUCACUAAAUUUGGUUUGUUCUGUCUAUAUGAAUCGAGCCAAUCUGUUAAUUGGAAGCAAAAAAUUGUUAUCCAAUGAAGUAUUUUAUUUUUAACCCAGUAAAUUUAUGCAGUUUUAUGUAUAAUAAAAGAUAACAAAAAUGUUGGAAUGUGGAUAAAUAGUUCUUCAGAUUUUUAUAAUUUUUUUUCUAAAUAAUCAAGAACAAUUUUCUUACUGCAAUAUUUGCUUCCAAAUUGUGUAAAAAAAUCUCGAUUAGAUAAAUCAGAACGUAACACAAUAUUAUGUAAACAUGACGAUUUUUUUAAAAUUUUUUGUUACUUAAAAAAGUAAAGUUUCCUUUUAUUUGAAACGCCAAAAAUAUAUAUUUAUCAUUAUAUUAGAAAAUAUAGUGAAACGUUUUGUUCCUUUUUUUGUACAUAUUUAUAAUUUUAGAUUUGGUCUCGUAGUUGCGACCGCUUAGAAUUAGUUGUGUUCAGUGCACGAUCUGGAUGCAUGGGAAAAGUUUUUUUUUAGUUUUCGUUCUGCAUUAGUUUCUUAGAUGGAUUUUUACUCAUUGAAGGUUGUUUAACUAGAAAAAUUUGUAGAGGACAUAAUUUUAUAUAAAUUCAAUUACGGAAUAUGCCUAAACGAAAUUUUUUUGAAUUCAAUUAACCCGGCAUAGGUAUGGCGACAUUUUUUUACUAUAUGGGUACGGUGGAGUAUGCGAUUAUUUUUGUUUUGAAAGUAGUGUUUGAUAAGACAAGAAGCAAAAAUCAUAGCUUUAGGAUGUAGAAAGUGGAAAUAAAUGUAUAAAUAUGCUGAGCAUAUAUUUAAAAAUUUGUUACAUUACAUGAGAAACAUAUAUCACAAGUAAUAAUUGAAUGCUUUAAGCCAACAAAUAUUUUACAUUCUGUCUUCAGAGUUUUCGUGCCCAUUGUUGGGUAUUCCAGUUAAUUGUAAUAUAUUCGCUUGAAAUUUAGACCUCUAAGAAAUUUUCUACAAACAUCUCAAAUAUUGCUCUUAUCUGGGCAACUUAUCCAAACGUUUCCUUUCCUCUCCACUUUUGUUGUUAUCAAAUCGUGAACAUUGCAGUAAUAUGCUGAACCUCUUAUGGCUUUGAACAUAUAUCAACUCCCAAGCAAUCAGUGGACCAUAAAUUGUCUAAAUUUUGCCUCUCUGAUUUUUUUGUUUUUGUAUUUUUUAACCCACUAUGUAGAGCCAAUAAAAUCAUUAUCGUGUUCCUCAGAUUCAAUUAUAUCUUCAAUUAUUUCUUGUUCGGUGUCCGAGUCUGCAGAUCUCUCAGUUACACGGUCUUCUUCUGCUUCUGAGCCCGAAAAACUUGCUUUUCCGAAAAGUAUAUAGCAUAUGAGAAAUAAUGGCCUAAUAGAUAAAAAAAAGAAGGUAGGGUGAGGUAUGUCGCCAAAAUCUUUAUAAACACUAAACCUACAGUGGGGUAUGAGGAGGACGCGGUAAUAAACAUGCAUAUAUCUCUAGUCCAUUGUCUACUGAAAUAAGCACGUUGCUGCACGUUAACAAGUAUAAAACGAACUGUUAGUAUAUAUUAGCAUUUUAAAGUUAGCCUUACCGAUACCUGGUUAAUGAUGUUGAAAACUGGGGGUUCAAUGAAUAUUUUUUCUAAAUGUUUAAUCUACAGUUAUUCUUGUUGAGCAGACCAAUAUAGCAAACCUAACAUUUGUAAGUUAUUUUAAUUCAAUAAACAUGUACAAUAUGUAUUAAAUUAUUUUGUUAAACAAAUCCAUCUAGGAAUACAUAAACAAUAUUUAUCUACAUCUUGUACAUAACUUUAAAAAUUUGGUAUACGUACGAUGAAGUUUGAAAAUAAUUAUAAUAUUGUUUUUCGUUAUGCCAUAGAUAUAUGUAGUUUAAACAACGUGAAUCAAAUGUAUCACUCUUAACAACUGACUACUCAUAAUUUGCUGCAUUUCAGUUUUGUGAAUUUUUUUAACUAAUCAAAAAUGAAAAUGAAAUGAUAGUUCGUUCUUUAUAGCUAAGUUCAAAAGUUUCUUAUUCCUUCAUCUUGUUUCUAUCAACUUACAUCGAAAUUAUUAAUUUUAGGCAUUUUUGUAUAUUUUUCUUGAAAUUUAUAGCAAGUUUGACUCCGAUGCUUAGAAUUAUGCCCUUUCAAAAUAGUAAACCAAAAAUACAGACGAUCUACUCACUCAUUAUUUCGCUUUUUCAAAUUUUUAGUCAUUACCAAAUAUUUAUUCAAUGAAUUAAUUGGAAUGUGGAAUUAGAACUACUUCUGGAAUCAUGUGGUUGUCACGUGACAAGCAGUUGCGCAAACUGAACGAAUUUUCGUAAAGUUAGUUACAUUUAUUACAUUCCCCAUUACGAGUUGGGGAGUUUAUAAACUAACCGGUAAAAUUGAAAUAAUUUAUCGUAUUUACCAAAUUCAGUGGUGGUUAUGUGUAAUUACCGGAAAUUUUAUAAAAGCACCGAAUUUAUUAGAUUUGCCGUAACAUAUACAUUUUAAAAAAAUGGAAAUGAAAUCCGGUUUUUCGACGUCUGAGUUUUUGGAGUUGGAAUUUUUGGAAAUAAAAAGAAGAUUUAAGCAUUUAGAAUUUUAAUAAAUGACAAACAACUUAAUGAUUGGAAUAAUUAAUGUAAUGAAAUAGUAAAAAAAUUAUAACAAAAUAGAUUAAAUAUUUUAAUCAUAUAAAGAAAUAGUAUUGUAGUUGUAUAACUUAUUUUUGUUUGUCACGGGAGUUUGAUACGUUUGGUUCAUUAGGUACAUUUUUUUAAUGACCAGAACACAUUUCAAAAUUUGCUGCAUGAAAAAGUUAUUGUUUUGUUUUUAAGGCUGUCAGUAAGUUUCUACAAUUUUUAUUUGUAUUUUUUCUCAAUAAAAUCAUUCUUAUAAUCAUAC